GGUUAGGGUUAGCGUCUGCUAAAUGACAUGUAAUGUAAUGUAGAUACACACAUGCUCACCUGGAGAGAAAACUUACACCGGGAUUUUAAACCGUAAACAUGCACAUCUCCCCAAAACAUGUCAUAGACUAUGUUCACGUCACAGGAAGCUGAGGAUUUGGACUUGAUGUGUGGAGAACCCCUACUCUCUCUCACGCACACACACACACACACAAGAGCUGUCAAACCAGAUUCUGUUGUCAAACAAGGAGGAUUAAACGUAUACUGCUCUGAGGAGAGCUAUUGUUGCCUCAUACAGGCAGUGGAAGUCUGUACCUGCAAGUCUCUCUUUGCUGCUACGAACGAUGAGUUGUUUGACGACUUUUUCAAAUCAGUUCCAGACUUUAAAGAAUCGGCUGUUAAAAGAGAACGUGGACAGAAACUCAUGCAGCGAGGAUCAGCGUCACAGGCGGUCGGGGGGGAUUCCUCUGGCCAGGAAGAUAUGCUACGCUGUGGGUGGGGUCCCUUAUCAGAUUACUGCAGUAGCUAUAGGAGUCUCCAUGCAGAUUUUCCUUCUGGAUGUGGUGCAGAUGGAGGCCUCCUACGUUUCCAUGAUUUUGUUUGCCAGCCGGGCCUGGGAUGCGGUGACCGACCCUCUGGUUGGAUAUCUGGUGAGCCGCAGUAAACAGACACCCGUCGGCAAACUCAUUCCAUGGCUGAUUCUUUCCACUCCAUUUGCUGUCAUGUCCUAUCUGCUGCUGUGGUUGGAGCCACGAGGCCCCACGUCUGUGCCUCUCAGUGUCCUGUGGUUCUUCACUGUAACCUGUCUGUUUGAGACCCUCAUGAGUGUAAGUCAGCGUAAGUGUUACAGACACUCCUCGCUCCUGUCCUCCAUCUGCAUCUGGUGCCCAGUGAUGAAGAAUGCUACAACGUCCCCUACCUCUCCCUCAACAUGUUCCUGGGCGGAGACCAGAGAGACAGAGACUCUGCCACGGCCUACAGUGAGAGACUUUACCUCACAUCCUCAGUCAAAUGCUGAUCAUGACACCCACCCCCCCUCGCUCCUCUGUGCAGGAAUGAGUGUGGAGAUGGUGGCAAUGCUGCUGGCCUCCAUCAUCCAGGGUCAAGUCGUGGCCGUGUACAACGCAGAGAAGCAGGAGGCUUGUCAACAGCUGGACCAGAACCAUGAGACGCCUCAAGGCACGUCGGCACCACAAGCCGCAUCACUUCGGGAAACGCAAAAGGCUUUCCUGACCUCAGGUCUGGUCGUGGGUGCACUGUUCUUCCUCUGCAGCCUGGUUCUCUUCCUCGGGGUGAAGGAGCAGCAGGCUCCCGUCUGCCCUGAUGACAAAGUGCGACCAUCGUAUUUGGCCUCGCUGAAGAUGCUGAUGUGUCACGUUCCUUACCAGCGGCUGGUGCUCGGCUUUGUGUUUAGCACUCUUGCAUUUCAGAUGUCCUGGAGUAAUUUUGCACUUUUCUGUAGCCAUGCAGCCGGACUGGGAGCCCACUUCCAAUACCUCCUCCUGGCUCUGUUGGCUUCUGCCUCAGUCGCAGUCCCACUGUGGCAAGCAGUUCUUCUGAGAGUGGGAAAGAAGGCCACAGUUUUCAUUGGACUAUCACUCUUCAUCCCCGCUGUGCUCAUCAUCGCCUGUGUUCCCACUAACCUGCCGCUCUCUGUGCUGAUGUGUAUUUUGAUGGGAUUCAGCGUGGCGUCUGUGUUCUUGCUACCAUGGUCUAUGCUUCCAGACGUGGUGGACGACUUUGCCGUGAAACAUCCCUCCUGCAGAGACCUGGAGCCACUCUUCUUCUCCUGUUAUGCGUUCUGUAACAAACUGGCCGGAGGUCUGUCUGCUGGAAUCUCUACCAUGAUAUUACAGUUUGUGGGCUACAGAGCCGGCGCGUGUCACCAUGGCGAUGAAGUGGUGACGGCUCUGGUUGUGCUCUUCUCACCGGUACCCAUCGCACUUCUGCUGAUAGCGAUGGUCUUUUUCUGCUCCUACCCAAUCAACGAGAGGCACACAGAGCAACUGACCACUGUCCAGCCUGAAGCUACAUCAUCAGAAAACGUAGAGCAGCCAACAGUUUUACAGCAGCUCUGUCCCGGGGUGAGGUCAUCUUCACAAAAUGACACAAAGACCAACACAUUGCAUGAGUCACGUUCCUCGCCCUGCUGCUACAGUCCUCGGCGCGCACUCGAGUCGUCCUCACCUUCAGAUGUUCGGAAUGAUUCUGCAGAAAACGGCAGACGUAAAUCAGUCGUCCAGUCAGACGCACAUAAACAGAGACCUGACCGUCGAGAGCAUUUAACAAACACAAGGUCCAAAGUGUCAUGGGUAUAAUAAUAAUAAUAAUGAUCACACAGUCUUAUAGUUUGACAUUAUUUUGGAAAUGCUUAAGCUACAGCCAGCAGCAUGUACGAUACAGCUAACUUUCCUUUUUUCCAAAGAUUUACACAACCUUCUCCUCAGGUUUGUCCUUGGUUGGAAAAAAUGACAAAAUUUGUAUUGUAUUUGAACUGGAGUGACUAUCAUUUAGUGGGAUUUACUUCAUUUACAGUAGCUUCUAACUUAUAAAUAGAAAACAUUUGUUAAAGACGUUAUACAUUGCUUGCAUUGCUUUGUUAAGAGUCUCUCUCCUCUAUGUUUCCUCAAAUAAAUUGGGUUUGUUGUUCAUUUACAGUUUAAUUAAAUUGUAAUUGGACAGAGAACACUGGAAAGAUUAAUCAAGGGUCAAACUGGGAGACUACUGCUUGGCAUUAAUUUUCCAGAGAUAUAAAAUGUAUCAAGCUG